AUGUACGCCGCUUCAUUCCAAGUCCGUCUCUCAGAAGCCAUGGUCGACAAACAACCAGAAAUGGAGUACCAAGUCAUGAAAACACUGCUUCAAAUAUGGAAAGAUAAGUUUAUACACGAGAAUAUGUCAAGAAAGGACAUAAUUAAAUGCACCCUGAUGCACGGUUACAUAAUAUUCGUCCUUAUUUCUGUGUUCUUACCGAUUGUUUUUGAGGACGACAUCAAGGUGAUGUUGGAGAUUCUGGUGCCUGUGUUCACGCUGGUAGAAAGCCUGUCCUGUUAUUAUCCGUUCUUGGUUUAUAGGAAAGAGUAUUUUGCGAUUAUGCGUGAUUUUCAGAUGUUUUAUGAAAAACACAAGCACCAGCCCGCCUACAGGCAGCUAAUACAAACGUGCGACGGCAACGCGUCAUCCAUGGUCCGUAUAUUCAGAGUGGGGCUCGGCGCGUGCGUGGUGCUGGUGCCCGCGUACCCCGCGCUGAAGCACGCGCUGCAGGCCGGCCCGAGGCGCGUGGAGCCGCCCGUCGCCGCCUACUACCCCGUGGAGAUCGGUGAGCCAGCCAACCUGAUCAUCACGUACACAUCACAAUGUGUGUGCUGUUACUUCAUGCAGUCCAUCUGUCUGAGCAACAUCUCCGCGCCGAUAUAUUACUUCAUGGCCGUGGUAGCGCACUUCCAGGUCACUCGGCAGAAGUUUAAGGAGAUAGAAGAUGCCAAAGACAGCCAACAAGCGCUACACCUGCAGCGCUGCGCGGUCCGCACCCACCAGCAGACGCUAAAUUUCUUGCGGCGAGUGCAGCGUGUCGGCAGCGCUAGCUACUUCAUCCUGAUCUCGUGUGCCGCCAUCGGGUACAGCUUCGCAUUCUUUCAGUUGGCUUCGACGGACGAUCUGGCCACAAUAAUCUACUACGCGCAGUUCAGUGCGGGGCUCUCCUCACACACCUUCCUACUGUGCUACUACGGGCAGAAAGUUAUUGAUGAGAUAAACGCGCUAACAUUCUCCAUCUACUCCGUCCCGUGGUACCGCUAUAACGCCGGCGUGACUCGCUCGCUAGUGCUGUCUCUGUCCCGCGCGCAGGGCACCGCGCCCGUGCACGCGUGGAAGUUUGCGACUGUCUCGCUCAUCACGUUUCAGAGUGUACGAUUGUUGCUUUACCAGUUGCCGCUGCACGGGUUCUUUAUCGACGUAAAUGAAUGUCACGUCACUAUAUCGCGAUUCGGGAUAAAUUCAGCACUGUGA